GUUUCAAGAUUUACCUUAAUAUUAUUAAAUUAAAUAAAGCAGAACUCUUUAGGCAUGACUACAAAAAACUAAGUUUCAAAGCACCGAACAGCGUAUGUCCAAACAGGUGUGGUGUUGUCAGGAAGUACUGUCACCACAACAAAGCAAUCGAGAUGAUCACUCCUCUGUUUUUGUUUUUCUUAACACUUGGAAUUCAUCCGCAAGUUCAAGCUUGUGGCGGUGAAUACACUGCACUCACUGGUCUCAUACUGUCUCCAUUGUACCCGAGUCAGUACCCGCCUGAUCAGGAUUGUGUUUACAUCAUCAGAGCACCAACAGGAUAUCGGAUUACCUUGACAUUUGACAGCUUUGAUGUGGCAGGUGACUGGAGUAGCUGCAAGCAGGACUAUAUACAGAUUAAAGAUGGCGAGUCAGGGACAUCACCAUUCUUGUCUAUCUACUGCAACACCACAGCGUACCCAAGACGAUCAACAUCAAACACAAUGUGGAUCAGAUUCCAUUCUGACUCUACUCAGUCAGGAGGUGGCUUCCAUGCGAGCUACACUGCAGCCAUAAUUCCCCUAAAGUUUCUCCUUAUUACCGAAUCUAAUCUACCGUGGUAUGUGGGUAUUCGGAACAUCGACAUCGACACGAAUACACUGUUUGAUAUUCCUCUGGAGGGACUAAAGGGCCCUGCUGGUGUUGAAUACGACCCGAUGACUGGUCGUGUCUACUGGACAGACAAUGUGGAGAAGACCAUCCGAACAUCGAACCUUAACGGCAGUGAUGCUCGGCUUGUUCGCUAUUUAGGAUUGGCCUCUGUACCAGACGGCCUGUGUGUAGACGCACUGUCCAGGCUCAUCUUCUACACAGACGCAGGCAAUAAAGUCAUCGGCAUGAUCACUAUGUACAGCAACACUCAUCGAAUAGUCAUCAACUCCUCACUUGACAUGCCGAAAGACAUCGAAGUUGACAAGCGCAAUGGGGUAAUGUACUGGAGCGACCGUGGCGCCACACCUACCAUAGAGCGAGCCAACUAUGACGGUACAGGACGUCAGACUCUGGUCUCAGGGGGCGAGUAUCUCAACCAACCGAACGCCAUCGCUCUCGACACAGUCGAGGGCAGACUGUACUGGGCAGAUGGUGGCACACAGCAGGUAGGCUGGGUUGACCUGGAAAGGAGGAAGAUUUCGGUGAUUCUACAACAAUCGGGAUCAGUCUUUAACGGCUUGGACCUCUAUCUCAAUGACUUCUUUGUGACGGACUGGAGCUUUCAAAAUCUCAAUCAGACGAUAAAAACACGCCUAUUUCGCUAUGGGAAGGAUGGCAGUAAUGGAAGAAACAUUUUCAUCCAUCUCUUAAAAUUAAAUGACAUCCGCGUCUACGCUGAGGAAAUAGAAGAUAAAGGGCCCAACGGAUGUGGAAGCAACAAUGGUGGUUGUAGUUACAUCUGUGUACCCACACCUGGCAACAGAAGUAAAUGUCUCACUGAGGACGGAGGAUCUACAAAAAUUGAAAAUCCAGCUACUGGCAGCGCAACUAAAGCAAGUGAUCCCAGCAUAUCAUCAGAAGCAGACUCUGUGAGCACUAACACCAAGAUCAUCAUUGCUGUCUGUGUUGUGGCCGCUGUCGUAGGAAUUGCUGUCAUCAUCGCACUCGUCGUUUUCUUCAAACUAAGACGUCAAAGAGAUCCCGAAGAACAUGGGGCUUUCACGCAGAUACAGAACACACCUGAAGUCGCACUGGAGUCACUGGCAUCAGCAUCAAAUGCUCUUCAUUCCGGUCUGUAUGAAGAAAUCCCAAGUUCUCAAUCAGGUGAUAGAGAUGGCUACUCUAAUAACGCAGAUGGCACAAGCUAUGAACAACCUGUAAGAAAUGAGUCCGUUACUUACAUCACACCGACGGGUUCUCACUCCGAUUCCACUCAUCAAGAAGAACACCAAUAUGAUGACUUGAAUUCCUCCAAUUAGCCAAUGCCUUACAGGAGCGGACACAGUAGGGCCAGGGAUUUCGUAAAUCAUAAACAGCAAGCUCACAAUAAGACUGUUUUCUUUUACUUGACGACUAUAAAAUGUAUUAAUUGGCAUAGUUUAUUCCUUAGUCAGGUGUGAUAAAGUCAGGGGAGGGCAGCACGAAAGUGAGGCUGACACCAUUGCCAGGCAGGCCCUUGACUGGAACCCUCAGGGGAAGAGGAGAGCUGGGAGACUAAAGCAGACAUGAAAAAGAACAGCAGAGAGCGAAGCAAAGGACAUCGGAACCAUAUGGACCCAACUGAAGGGGGAUGCCCUAUAGCUGGUCCGCUGGCGAGGUGUUGUUGUGGCCAUAUGAUCCUCGAGGAAUAACAAGAACUAAACGAAGCAUUCUGUAAGGGCAUGACCUGUUGCUAAUGAGUAGAGUCAGGGUCUUUGGUUGUGAGAAUUGUAAAAAUUCGUUUAUGAUGUUAUCAUUUCCCCGAGCUUUGCUUUCUUUAAGCUUUUUUAGGCAAUUGGCAACCUCACUCUUAGAUACUUCAGUGUUCAGAUAGUUAUUGCUAUUUUCAGGUAUGUGCACAAGUAGUUCAGUCUCAAAUGUUUCAUUACAAGAGUGAUUUAUCUUCUUAAACUGCUCUAAGAAUUCAUUGCAGGUUGGGUUUUUCUUUCUUUUUUUCACUGUUAUUCUUGUUUAGAGUGUUCCAAAAUGCCUUUGGGUCUUUACAUCUUAGAUACAUAAUUUUCAUAAACCAUUUUUGCUGCUUUCUUGUUUCUUAGCUUUAAAAAAAUGUGUGUCUCUUCAUGCGGCAGCUGGAGUUAAACCAUGGUUUAGUUUUAGGCUUUUGACUAGAGACAUAAUAUUUCAAGGUUGAAUCAGAAGUACUUUGGGUUAAGCAUUUUAUUUGGAUAAUAGUUCUGCUACAUGCUUUAUGUUUAUAGUGCAUCCUAGUUUUCUUUGUGUCUCUGCUUGAAAAUAUUGGCUGUGUUUUUUGUUUUGGUCAAGUUAUCAGAUAAGGGCACCUCAUGCAAAAAAAAGGGAAAUGGCACACCUAAAAAGCAAAAUCAUCGUACACAAUAGUAGUGUAUCAACUGAUAAACUGGCCAUCUUUGUGUUGUAGUAGUAUCAGCAGUAGUAAGAUCCUUGCGUAGUGAUCUAUUUCUGUAAUAUUGGUUUCAAUUCAGUGUAUAAACACAUUUUUUGGUGAUAAAAUCAUAAAUCUAGGUUUUGGUAAAAUGUUUCCAUAUACACAAGUGCCAAGUAAACAAAGUAUAUAACAAGCAUGGGUGUUUCUAAUUUAGACAUGAAAGGUUAUUUAAUGUCAAAGAUAAUGGACCUUUUCAAAUGUAUAACACUUCACCUUCAAUCAAGCCAUGUGGCUUUCCAAUGACAAAUAGGCUGAUAUAAUAUCAACAUAAUUUGUUAGCAAAAUCUAUAGCCCAAAUCCAUCACACCAGACUACUAGUGCAAGUGUACAUAAAAUCCCACUGUCUCAAAUUAACUUGCCUAUAUGUUGCAGAUUUUUUAAAAAAUAGUUCAAUGACAGUACAUUAAGCAGUAUUAUAGUAUGCAAAUGGAAAAACGAUAUACCCUCUAUGAAUGUUUUUUUUUUGAAGAUUGUAAAAUACAUAUAUAAUGUAGAAAUAUGCCAUAGUAGUUUAAGUAAUAAAUUAGACCUAUUUGAAGUUCUGUAGAAACCAUAUCAAAAAUUAUUAAUAUAAGCACAGUUUGUGGAAUCUGGGAUGUUCUCACUAGUUCUAUCUUUCACUCCUUCUCCACAUCUUUCCUCUCUGCUCUUAUCCCCCCCUUCUAUACUGAAUGAAUGUGUCUUGAGAAUGAAAAUUUGUAAUAAUGUGAUAUUAAAAAAUAUAUAUAUAUAUAUUAAAAAAAUAAUUAAUUAAAGUAUUCU